AUGUUUCGGGAUGAGAGCAGCAAGGUGAUACAGAAGGCACAUGCUCAAUGGGGGACAGCAGGCUCGCCGCCGUCUGCGGCAUCGGCAUCAACUGCGUCAAGCUCGGCAUCAUGGGCGUCCUCACCCACAGCGUCAACCAACGACAUCAGGAGUCCAGUUGCCGACAGCCCACAAUCGCCCGCUGAGAUGGUGCUGAGCCGGAACAUGGAACUUCUGUCGCCCAAGCUGCAUGCGAAGAUCGAGCCAACCUUGGAGCAACGAGGCCUCCGGUUCUUCGUCGAACAGUACCUCAUGAAGAGCCCAGACGCUCCUCAGGCGUCUCGACACCUCGCUGUCUAUAGCGGCAGUAGCGAGGCUAUGCAGACGGUCAUGAUUGCCGUCGGCCUUGCAGGGCUCUCCAACAGGCAGGCAGACCGUGCCAUGAAUCUCGUCGCCCGUCAAAAAUACACCACAGCUCUGAAGCAGACAGGUCAGCUCAUAGCGGCAGGACCCAGCGAUACGGUUUCUGUCAUGGGCCCAUUGAGGGCUGUUGUCACAUUAGCGAUGUUUGAGGUCGUACAAGGCAAAGGGUCAAGACUUUCGACUGGCACCGCGAACAUUCACAUUUUCGGGGCCAUUGCAUUGCUGAAACAUGUUGUUCCCACUUCGCAAGUUCCAGUAGCUGGUGCGAGAGCUAUACUACAACUCAUGUUUUCUCUGUUUAUUCCGUCACAAGUGACCGAUACACCCAUGUCGCCACAGUUUUUUGAAGUCUUGGCCAUGACAAGGCAAAUACUACCGCCCGAGGAGCAUUGUUGCUGUGAUCUUGCUGUAGCGAUCGCAAGAUUUCUAGACAUUCUGGCAAUAUCCAAGAGUCCGCACCUGUUGGAUGGCCAUGUUCAGAGCGACGAAGUCUUCCAGCAGCUAUUGGGUAUGGACGCCGUGCUCGGACGCCUGGAGGAGCAGCUGCGCCUCUCAUUCCCCUUCUCCAUUGAGACGGUACCUCGCGAUUUCCCUCCUCAGGCGGUUUUUCGGGGAAAAUACCAUAGGUAUCUCGAAAUUGAAGGGGCUCGUCUCUGGAACCAUCUACGCUGGGCCCGUAUCCUUUGCGUUCAAAGGGUCAUUGACCUGGGCAAGACAUUGCCUCAGUCCUAUGGGCAUGUUGUUUCACCAACCCAGACGGACCACUGCUACAGCACGGCGCAGAGGAUGGCUGAAGAUAUCAUUACAAGCACGCCAUCGCAUUGGCACCAUCCCAUUUUGACAGAUGCGCAGGCCAGGAAACUAGGGGCCAUCGGGAAGGGAGGCACGGGUGCUACUGGCAUCCCGGGCCUUCUGUGGCACCUAAAGAUUGCAGGCUGCGCCCCAGGGGUGCCACAGGAGUUCUGGAACUGGUCGUACGAGGUCGCGCAGGUUGUUUGGAAGACGAUGGGUAUGCAACACGCCCUCGCUCUGUCCGAGGUCAUGGAGGGCCACCGCGCUGGCCAAGAAAAGGAAGCCAUCGACCGUUUGAUCAAGGUGGAGGAGGAGGAGGAGUGGUGA